CAGUAAUUUGAUAUGGUACACUAUUCUGCCAUAGACCUUUGUGUAGAGAAAUAUCUUGACAAGUAAUUAAAACCAGAUUAUUAGUUAGUGCUUCCCUUAAAACUUAUCAGAUAAUUAAGAGCACCCAGACUUAAGAAUUUGAUUUAAAAAAGGAAGGAUGAAAUACAGUCAUAAUUAAUUUCGGAAAUAAAUUUCAAAAUAGAUAUGACUGUUUUUCAUCAUUAUUCUAAAAAGUAAUGGAUUUAAGUCACACCCCUGUCCUGACUGUUAUUUGUCUAUUUGACUACUCAUAUUAUGUACCAUGGGCUUUUUUAUUCACUAAAAACAAAAGAGAGUACCAUGGUAAUAAGUUCAAACACUUGAUUGAUGUCAUGAUGCCUAAAAGUGGUGGUUUAAGAUUAAAAAUGAAGAAAAUGUAGUUUUUUUGGCUAGUAAAAUCUAUUCAAUGGAAAGUGAAUAUUUUACUGGUAUGUGUCAAAUUUCACUGACAAAUAUAAUAACAAAAAGCCUUGAAAGUAAUUGUUUGACCAUUUUGCAGUUUUAUAUCAGCACUUUAUUUAAUCACUAGGUCAUGCCAAAAAGGAAGAGAUGUCCAAUAUGCCAUGAGGAUUUUCCCCGAAGUAGCUACUAUCGACACUAUGCAAGUUUCUUUGAUCCAAGCACAAACUCCUGGCUCGACCAUGGGGAGGCUGCAGUUCGAGAGAUGUCCGACAAGAGGUUUAAAGACUUGAUUGAAGACUUUGGGAGAGCUUCAGACCAUCCCGAUGCAGAUGAUUGCUUGGAUGACAUGCCACCUACGUCAUCAAUGGCAGCAGAAGUUUCAGAAGAAAGUGAUCAGUCAGACAUGGAGGAUAGUGAAGAAGAAAAUGAGGAUGAACCAGAGCACUGGGACAUACCAGCCAACCUUUUGGACAAUGAACUCGGAAUUGAGGUCCAUCCAUCCCCCAUGAAGAAAGUCAACAGUUUGCUUUUCUGUGUACUGUAUGCUAUUCUGUACAUUCAGGUUAUACACCACAUCAGUGAUAAUGGUGUUGAGUAUCUUUUACGAUUUUUGUUCAGAAUUUUUCAAGUGCUUGGUGCAGACAUAAAUAAUCAAGUGCUAACAGAAUUUUGUAUUGGAUUUCCUCCAAGUUUGUAUUUAGCCAGAAAAAUAUUGAAGCUAGAUAGAGAUGAAUUUCAGCGAUUUGUUGUGUGUCCCUCAUGUUUUUGUUUAUACGAUUUUUUGGACUGUGUAUAUGAGAAAGAUGGAUUAAGAUACGGAAAAAACUGCUCUGCUGAAAUAAAAGUUAGAGGGAGAUAUGUAAAAUGUAAUUCUCCCUUAGUUAAACAGAUUAUUUGCAAGGGUAACAUCCGAAAAUUUUAUCCAUUGAAAGUUUACUGUUUGAACAGUGUAAUUAAUGGUAUUGAAACUAUUUUGAAAAGGAAAGAAAUUGGGCAAUUUUGGCAACACUGGCAAGACUGGGGUUCGGAUUUAACAAUUUUAAGAGAUGUAUAUGAUGGACGAGUAUGGAAAAAUUUUUUGUCCUUCAAUGGGGAGCCCUUUCUCUCUAACAAAAACAGUGUUGCAUUAAUGAUGAAUAUAGACUGGUUUCAGCCCUUUAAACACAGGAAUGAUUAUUCAGUAGGAGUUAUUUAUUUUGUUAUGUUAAAUUUACCCAGAAGCAUUAGAUUUAAGUCUGAAAAUGUAAUAAUUGCUGGAUUAAUACCUGCUUUCAAAAAAGAGCCACAUAGUAUCAAUAGUUUUUUAGAUCCAAUUGUUAAUGAAUUACAAACACUUUGGAAAGGAGUCAGGUUAGACACAAGUUUGUUUAAUUCUUCAUCUGUUUUUCGAGCAGCCCUGCUCUGUGUGUCUUGUGAUAUACCAGCUGCUCGCAAGUGUUGUGGAUUUAAAUCGCACGCUGCUCGUUUGGGUUGCCAUAAAUGUUUAAAAGUUUUUCCUGGUGACUUUGGGGAAAAAAGAGACUAUUCAGGUUUUGACAGGCAGAAUUGGAAACCCAGAACAAAAUAUACUCAUAAUUUACAUGCCAGAAGGGUUAAGAAUGCAACAAGUAAGACACAGGCGGAUAAACUUUCUAGGGAAUAUGGGACUUUUUAUAGUGUGUUAAUAGAGUUGGAAUAUUUUGAUGCAAUACAAUUUUGUGUUAUUGACCCAAUGCACAACCUCUUUCUUGGAACGGCAAAAAAAAUGUUCAAACUUUGGGUUGAAAGUGGCAAAUUGUCCCCGUCAAACUUGGAAACUAUAGAAGAAAGACUAGAAUCUCUAAAUUCCUUAACUGACAUAGGAAGAAUUCCCACACAUAUUUCUGGAAAUUAUGGUGUAUUUUCUGCAGCUGAAUGGAAAAACUGGACAACCACAUUUUCACUCUAUGCUUUGUGUGGAAUACUACCAGAGAAAGAUUACAAAUGUUGGGAAAAAUUUGUAUUAGGUUGUCGUUUUCUAUGCAAACCAUUUCUAACUCUCACUGAUAUUCAGAAAGCUGAUCUAUUGUUACUUGACUUUUGCAAAACUUUUGAAAAGAUUUACCCAUUAAAAGAAGUCACUUGUAACAUGCAUCUACAUAAUCAUUUAAAAGAUUGCUUGUUUGAUUUUGGUCCCAUGCACGUUUUCUGGUGUUUUUCUUUUGAGAGAUAUAAUGGGGCUUUUGGACACUUUCAUACAAACAAUAAGGCAGUAGAAAUUCAAUUCAUGAGAAAAAUCAUGACUUCAAAAUUCUGUGAUAACUUUAAAGAUGUCGUGCUGUCAACUACCGAGGUUGACUUUUCUGAAGUAUUCUUCAAUUUCAGUAAAUCUUUGUGGGAAAAGUUAAAGAUAACAGAUAUCGUAAGGUUUCUAAAAACAUCUGAAAUUGGGGCUGACUUCCUUUUUGAUGAAGACUUGAUGUCUUUUAUUUCAUUACCUAAGGUUUACAAACUGUCUGCACUUGACAAAGAAGACAUUGUGUAUCUCAUGUCUUCAUACAGGAAAAUGUUUCCUUCUGUGUCUCUCAGUAUUGAUAAUAUGGGUGAAAUUAUUAAGAAGUAUGGAUUUAUUACAAUAUUAGGUGAAAAUUUUGGAUCAAAACAAAUUAACAGAAAAUUAAGGUCAUCAGAUGUUUUAGUUAAUUGGACAACGGAACAAAACAACUUUGAGUGCUCUCCCCUAGAACUACGUCCAUGUAGGGUAGAUUUUUAUUUCUCUCACACAGCUUUGAUUGAUGGAAAACAUAUUACAAAUAUUUUUGCAAAAGUUUCAUGGUACAAAGAAUAUUCAGAAAGAUACAAGUACGGAAAUGCACUUCAAAUGUGGCACAGCAACAAAUUUGAAUCCGUAGUCGAUAACUGUUUUCUUCCCAUUCAGAAGAUUCAUAGUAGAUUCUCGAAGGGACUUACUGGUGUGGGAAAGGAUCUUAUGUGUAUAUGCCCUAUUCCUAGGAGAGUCCUUAGUGACAUAGAUCAUUAGUGGUAUCAAUAAAAUCGUGCAGGUACAAAUGGCAUUGUUUUGGUACAAAGUAUUGGGAGGAGAACCAAGUUUAGCUGAUAUUUUGUCACAUUGUUUUUUUUUUAGAUUACAUGUGAGCCAGUUCUGUUGGAGUAGAAUCAAGUUCGCUUGAUGUUCUACCGUGUCGUAGAGCUACUCCAAAUUUUUAUCAUGAUAGUGUUAGUUAUUUUUUUUAGAUUACAUGUGAGCCAGUUCUGUUGGAGUAGAAUCAAGUUCGCUUGAUGUUCUACCGUGUCGUAGAGCUACUCCAAAUUUUUAUCAUGAUAGUGUUAGUUAUUUUUUUUAGAUUACAUGUGAGCCAGUUCUGUUGGAGUAGAAUCAAGUUCGCUUGAUGUUCUACCAUGUCGUAGAGCUACUCCAAAUUUUUAUCAUGAUAGUGAUAGUUUUUUUUUUAGAUUACAUGUAAGCCAGUUCUGUUGGAGUAGAAUCAAGUUCGCUUGAUGUUCUACCGUGUCGUAGAGCUACUCCAAAUUUUUAUCAUGAUAGUGAUAGUUUUUUUUUUAGAUUACAUGUAAGCCAGUUGUGUUGGAGUAGAAUCAAGUUCGCUUGAUGUUCUACCGUGUCGUAGAGCUACUCCAAAUUUUUAUCAUGAUAGUGAUAGUUUAAAAAUUUUUUAGACUACAUGUAAGCCAGUUGUGUUGGAGUAGAAUCAAGUUCGCUUGAUGUUCUACCGUGUCGUAGAGCUACUCCAAAUUUUUAUCAUGAUAGUGAUGGUUUUUUUAGAUUACAUGUAAGCCAGUUCUGUUGGAGUAGAAUCAAAUUUGCUUGAUAUUCUACCUUAUUGUAAAACUAUUUCAGUUUUGUAUCAUUUUUAAGUUGAUUUUUUUUCACUGAUCAUACAUGUUCUAAGUUAUUCUUGUUGAAAUUAAUUGAAAUUUACCUUGUAGUGCUUUUUUAGUUAUUUAUAUAUUAAAUUGUUUUGUGUAGAGCUCUUUUUUUUAUUAUUAAAAAUAUUC